AAUCUCUACACCAGACAGAACACAAAAGCCAAAGUUGAACACAAUGGCAAGUUUCAGCCCAACGCUCCUGUACCCUUUGGAUGCUGGAGAGAAAUAUUAUGGAACAUCCAAUGCAAGUGUUUUUUCCAACAACAGCCACAGUAAUGAUGACCCAGAAUUUAUAUAUAGGACAGUAACAAUGUAUAUAGUGUGUGUAUCAAUAAUUAUAGUUUGCAUUUUGGGAUGCUUGGGGAAUGGAACUGUCAUCUGGCUGCUUGGAUUCCGUAUUCAGAGGACCCCCUUCACCACAUACAUCCUGAACCUCGCCAUUGCGGACUUUGGUUUACUCGCUGUUGACUUUAUUUUAGAAAUACGCUAUCUUCAAAACCGUAAACAGGAUGAAGGCAUCGUGUUUGAAUUCUUCGAAGAUAUUUUCCAAUGCAUGUACAACACUGGUCAGUUUCUGCUGACAGCCAUCAGCAUCGACAGGUGUGUUUGUAUCCUGUUCCCCCUUUGGUAUCGAUGCCACCGGCCGCCACAUUUGUCUACCAUUUUGUGUGCCUUGAUAUGGAUAUUUUCUUUCAUUUUCCCUGGAAUUCACUUCAUUCUCUUCCUGAUUGCUAAGAAGGAACACAAGUAUAUAAGGUGCUACCAGUAUAUUGUGAACGGCUUCAUUUGCCUCCCACUCAUGACUUUCUCCACUUUGAUUCUUUUUAUCAAGUUCUGCUUUAAAACACAACGGAUAAGGCGGAGAAAGCUGAUCACGGUCAUCCUGCUUACACUCCUCUUCUUUCUUUCUUUUUCUUUCCCAAUGAAUGCCUUUUACAUAAGCCAUUAUAUUUUUGAGUCACCAACUUUGCAUCGCAUACAAUAUGGCUACUUGUGCGCCACUCUGAACAGCAGCGUUAACCCUUUGAUCUAUUUCCUGGUUGGGAGACCAAAGAGAGGCAAACCUAGGAGAAGCAUGAAAGUCAUACUUCAGAAUGUUUUCAAAGAGGAAGAAAGUCAUCCAGAUGAAAUGGCAUCCUCGGCUGAAACUAAGUUAUGAUGGCUCCAAAAGAUUUAUCAAUCAUGCAAUCACACAUUCUUAGCCCCUGUGCUCAAGAUUCACCUUCCAUUUCUUCAAAGAAUAUGGGAUGAUUUGAAGUGACCUACAUUGAGCUUGCCUCUUCAAGAUGGUUCCCACCUGCCUCUGCAGGAAUUGGGGCUAUACCAUGAAACCAGCUGAGAGAGGAACAGAGGAACGGGGCAGGGGAUAGAUUUCACCAUCUACUAAGUAGAGGUGCACCUCCUUCUUUCACACAUCUCCCCCUCCUAUUCUACACCCUUUUCUUGCCCCUGCUCUCAACCUCAUCCCCAUGCACCCUCCUCCCUGCUUUGUUGUAAGCCCCUUAGCACCCCAAUUUUCACAUUCACCCCUUUCCCCUCCACUGUCUUCCUUCCCCCCCUCCAGUCUC